CGGGCAGAGCUCUUCGAGUUAUAGUACGUACGCUUUCAGCUCUCUCGACGACAAAGUUAGAGAAGAGGAUGAGUUGCAACUCUGGAAGGCUUUCUUUGCUGGCGUUCCUCAGAACAGACGGGUCGCAUUCGAUGAGUUCGCUUCAGCUUGGACUAGUAUUAAGGCUACUUUGCUGGUGGACGGAGCAAGAGCGUAUCCCGCUUUCUUAUUAACCCCAUGAUCCUGAUCCUUGGUUCUUCACUUGUUCUUUUUCUCAUAGAAAACUACGUGAGUAUGACGCAAGCGUUCUGUUCAGGGACAGUGCGACCACGGUAGCUCUAAUAGUAGUGCCCAAACUGGGGGAGCGAGUCUGCCUGCUAGAGGGAGCAGUGGUAGCAGUGGUCAUAUUGAAGGAGGAGCAGGUGGUGCUGCUGGAACCAUAGAAGAUAGAGAUAGUACCAUUAAGGGUCGGCGUUACUAGGUGUUCCUGUUACCGUUUUUUUGCCUCUCCUAGCCCUAAGGGUGGAGAAAAGCGCUACAAGAAACGGGAAACGGAAACACCAAAGCCGUACCUCUAAGACUACAGAGAUUGAAAAAGAAGGAAGCAGUAGCGCGGCAAGUGGCGGCCUUGCAUUACCGACAACGAUAUAUUUCCCACCAAGGAUGGUAGCGACCAGGCACGUGGCAGCGAAGAUAGCACAGAAAUUGGAUAUUGAGUUAUGAUCCAUGUUGGUGGUCGAUGAGUUCAUCUCGAUGGAGAAUUCAUAUGUGAAAGCAAGAAAUGUUAGCACUGUGCCAUCGCGUCUAUCAGCAUCAUGAUCAUAGUCUCAAUGGUUGCACUUAGUGCUGUAAGACAGUUCUGCCACUGUCGUCAUCAUCAUCAUCAUCAUCGUCAAAUCUUCUAACCCCUAGAGUAGACAAUGCCGAUCAAGCGAGGAUAGUCUGGUGCUCGGAUAAGGAAGACCUGGAUAGGUUCUUGCAGCAAGCGAGAGUUGUCAAUGCGAGAAGGGAUCGAUUAUUGGCUAUCCAGCGGGAAAAGAUAGCCAUGCUCCAGAAGGCAAGGAAGUUAUGACGAGGUCAUCGGAAUCUUUAGGUGGACUAUGUACUAGGGAAGAACUAGGCUACCUUGUCGCUUGAUUACAACACUGUGCGCCGGUAGCUACGCGGAAAAUACGCAGGUAGGUUCUGAUUUAUCGGAACUCGCUCGCACUACAAAAAAAAAAAAGAUUACAACACUGUGAUUGAAUGGGGACAUGAUGAAUCCAUUUUCCUACUGGAAAACAUUUCAAUAAAUGCACUUCUCUUAUAAUAUAGUUCGUGGUAACGUGGUACUUCCUGCAAGAAAUAAAUAGGCCAAAACCUUGCUCCUGAAGAAGAAGACACUUCCAUCCUCUUCUAAUUAGCGGUCUCCUAGGCGCAG